AUGAGCGUGAUUGAUCUACUGACUCGCGUGGACGCGAUCUGCAAGAAGUACGACAAGUAUGACAUCGCGCUGAAGGACUCCAAUGACUCCAAUGUCGCCGGCGACGAUGCCUUCGCCCGCCUCUACACAUCCGUCGAGUCCGACAUCGAAUCCCUCCUUCAGAAAGCGGAGACGGCUUCGAAUGAGAAGAGUAGGGCGUCGGCUGUAGCGAUCAAUGCUGAGAUUCGGAGGACUAAGGCCAAAUUGCUUGAAGAGGUCCCCAAAUUGCAGAGAUUAGCUGUUAAGAAGGUCAAAGGACUUUCUACAGAAGAACUUGCUGCUCGGAAUGACCUUGUCCUUGCACUGCCUGAUCGGAUUCAGGCCAUACCUGAUGGCUCUGCACCUGCACCCAAAUCAUCUUCGGGUUGGGGAACUUCAGCUCCUCGGUCGGAGAUAAAAUUUGAUUCAGAUGGGCGCUUUGAUGAUGAAUACUUUCAGCAAACUGAAGAGUCGAGCAAAUUCAGGCAAGAGUAUGAAAUGCGGAAAAUGAAACAGGACCAAGGAUUAGAUGUCAUAGCAGAGGGUUUGGAUACUUUGAAGAACAUGGCUCAUGACAUGAAUGAGGAAUUGGACAGACAAGUUCCUCUUAUGGAUGAGAUUGACACUAAGGUGGACAAGGCAACUUCUGAUCUUAAGAAUACCAAUGUUAGAUUAAAGGACACAGUUAAUCAGCUGAGAUCUAGUCGAAACUUCUGCAUCGACAUCAUUUUGCUUUGUAUAAUUCUUGGAAUUGCAGCCUAUUUGUACAAUGUGCUCAGGAGAUGA